GAUAACAGUGGAAACAGGGCAGGGUCCAACGCAGACAUCGGGAAAUGAUUUCACAACUUGUUUUUAAUGCCGGAUGAGUUACUGACUGAUAUUGUAAAGUUAGUUUGUUUUCUUUGUUUUUUUAUUUCCAAAAAGGGAAGACAUUUUCUUCCCCUCUCUGCAUGUGUGUGUGCGUGUGUGUGUGUGUUUUCUUAUGAACCACCCCUGAGGAACGCGGGAGGAGUUUCACUGAGAGAGAAAGAGAGAGAGAGAGAAAGAGAGAGAGACGGAACACGCGUGAAGUUUUAGGAAACUGCGCGAGCGCGUCGCGCGCGGGAGGGAGAGAUAAAAAAGAAGUGUGUGCGCGUGAAAUGAUCCGCGCGCUCGCUCGAGCCAGCGUCUCGGUCGUGACUCCUUCUUCUUCUUACGCUACAUCGGGAGCGCCUCUGCGCGUAUUUAAUAUUUUAUAACAUAAGAAUUAUAAAUAUAAAUAUAUAUAUCAUCAAGCGUGAUGUGUUUAGCACCCUGUGCGUGAUGGAGGAUGUUGGAGUUUAAAGCACGGAGAAUUAAGAAGUCGAAGCGCACAGGAUGAUGAACUCUGUGGAUCUGUGCGUCCAGGUGCCGGAAUGCGCGCACUCGUGCCCGCACGCGGACGCCGAGCUGUCGGUCCCCGCGGCCGGAGAUUUCUGGAACGCGCCCGCGAGCGCGGGGAGCGCAGCAACGCUGGAGAGAGGAGGAGGAGGUGUUGGAGGAGGCGGCGGCGGCUGCGGAGCGGCGGGCGCGGGCGCGUGCAAGAGCCGAGCCGCGAGCGUCGCGUACGUGCUGAACUCGGAGUCGGGCCCGGCGGAGAGCGCGGCCCUGCAGUGCCUGAGGGAUGCGUGCGACGCGACGGGCUGCCCGCUGGACGUGGUGCACUUCGGCAAGCUCGACUUCGGAGAGAUGGCCGUGCUCGACCAGUUCUACAACGCAGAUAUCGCCGUGGUGGAAAUGACGGACGCCUUCCGGCAGCCGUCUCUCUUUUAUCACCUGGGAGUGAGGGAGAGUUUCAGCAUGGCCAACAACAUCAUCCUGUACUGUGACUCCAAUUCAGACUCGCUGCAGAACCUCCAGGAGGUCGUGUGCCAGAAGAACACUUCAUGUGCGGCGCACUACCUGUUUAUCCCGUACAUGGUGACUCCUCAGAAUAAGGUGUACUGCUGUGAGAGCAGCCUCAUGAAAGGCCUCAGUGAGCUGAUGCAGCCCAGUUUCGAGGCUCUGCUCGGUCCCAUCUGCAUGCCUCUGGUGGAUCGCUUGACCCAGCUUCUCAGCAGCACGCAGACGAGCUCCUGCCAGUACUUCCGGGAGACCAUUCUGAACGAGAUCCGUAAAGCGCGGGAGCUGUACACGGGGGCGGAGCUCGCAGCAGAGUUGGGGCGGAUCCAGCAGAGAUUGGACAAUGUGGAAUGUUUGUCAGCUGACAUUGUGAUCAACCUGCUCUUAUCGUACAGAGACAUACAGGAUUAUGAGUCCAUUGUGAAGCUGGUUGAGACUCUAGAGAAGCUACCAACAUUUGACCCCAUUGCCAACCCUCAUGUCAAAUUCCACUAUGCCUUCGCUCUAAACAGGCGGAACCAGCCUGGGGACAGACAGCGAGCUCUGGACAUCAUACUGCCGCUGGUGGAGUCUGAAGAGCAGGUGGCCUCGGACAUCUACUGCUUGGUGGGACGCAUCUAUAAAGACAUGUUUCAGGACUCGCACUUCAGCGACACUCCGAGCCGAGACAGCAGCAUACAGUGGUUCAGGCGAGGAUUUGAAUCGGAGCCGACCCUGCACUCGGGUAUAAACUACGCCGUGCUUUUGCUGGCUGCCGGUCACCAGUUCGACUCGUCCUUCGAGCUCCGUAAAGUUGGUGUGAAGUUGAGCAGUCUACUGGGAAAGAAAGGCAGCCUGGAUAAGCUACAGAGUUACUGGGAUGUGGGCUUUUUCCUGGGCGCGAGCAUUCUAGCCUGCGACAACACCCGUGUUUUACAAGCCUCUGAGAAACUCUUCAAACUUAAAGCUCCUGUCUGGUACCUCUGCUCUCUAGUUGAGACGAUUCUAAUCUAUCAGCACUUUAAGAAACCUUCGACUGACCCGCCAGGACCUAAACAGGAACUAGUGGAUUUUUGGAUGGACUUCCUGGUGGAGGCGACCAAAAAGGAUGUAUCAUCUGUUCGCUUCCCUGUGUUAAUCCUGGAGCCGACUAAAGUCUACCAGCCGUCGUACCUGUCAAUCAACAACGAUGUGGAGCAGAACACGCUCUCCAUUUGGCACGUGGCUCCGGACGACAAAAAUAAGGGGAUCCAUGAGUGGAAUUUCAGUGCCGCGUCAGUGCGAGGCGUGAGCAUUUCCAAGUUCGAUGAACGCAGCUGCUUCCUCUACGUAGUGAAUAACUCGGAAGAUUUCCAGAUCUACUUCUGCACAGAGAUGCACUGCAAAAGGUUCUGUGAGCUGGUGAACAGUCUGACUGAAGAAACCUGGAAAGCACAGGAUGAGGCAGAGUGUGAAUCUGAAACUUUAGAGUACGACUACGAAUACGACGAGCACGGCGAGAGGGUGAUUCUAGGAAAAGGCACCUUCGGGAUCGUCUACGCAGGUCGUGACCUCAGUAACCAGGUGCGGCUGGCAAUCAAGGAGAUUCCCGAGCGGGACAGCAGGUACUCCCAGCCGCUGCAUGAAGAGAUCGCCCUGCACAAGCACCUGAAACAUAAAAACAUCGUACAGUAUCUGGGCUCCAUCAGUGAAGACGGAUUCAUCAAGAUUUUUAUGGAGCAGGUACCAGGAGGCAGUCUCUCAGCACUGCUCCGAUCUAAAUGGGGUCCGCUGAAGAACAACGAGCCGACCAUCGGCUUCUACACCAAACAGAUCCUGGAGGGGCUCAAAUACUUACAUGAUAACCAGAUCGCCCACCGAGACAUCAAGGGAGACAACGUCCUCAUAAACACCUACAGUGGCGUUCUGAAGAUCUCAGAUUUUGGCACGUCAAAGCGCCUGGCUGGCAUCAACCCCUGCACCGAGACCUUCACUGGAACAUUACAGUACAUGGCUCCUGAGAUCAUAGACAAAGGCCCUCGUGGUUACGGGAAACCAGCGGAUAUCUGGUCACUGGGUUGUACUAUUAUAGAGAUGGCCACAGGCAAACCACCUUUUUAUGAGCUGGGAGAACCACAGGCGGCUAUGUUCAAGGUAGGAAUGUUUAAGAUCCAUCCAGAAAUUCCAGACACCAUGUCGUCUGAGGCCAAGGCGUUCAUUCUGCGCUGUUUCGAGCCGGACCCGGACCUGCGCGCUUCAGCCAACGAGCUGCUCAUGCACGAGUUCCUUACUGUCACGUCUCGCAAGAAAAAAGCCAAAGGCAACAACUUUACAGCUUUGACUCCAGCAAGUGAAUAUGUGCGCAGCAUCUCACUUCCUGUUCCAGUGGUGGUUGAGGACACAAGCAGCAGCAGCGAGUACGGCUCUGUGUCUCCAGACAACGAACUGAGCGCCAACCCCUUUGUCUUCAAGCCCAGCAUGAAGUGCCUUAGUGAGAGAGAGGUCAAAGGACAUCGUUCGCUCUUCCUUAGCAUCCCAGUGGAGCAGUUUGAGGACCACAGCGCCCCUCCGUCUCCAGAAGAGAAGGACCCUGGCUUCUUUAUGCUAAGAAAGGAUAGUGAGCGCAGGGCAACUCUGCACCGCAUCCUCACUGAGGACAGAGACAAAAUAGUCAGCAACUUGCAGGAAGCACUAAUUCAGGGUACGGAAGAGACCAAGCUAACGCACGAGCACAUUUCCACUCUGGUGGCCAGCCUGGGGGAUUUUGUACGGAUGGCUGAUAGGAAGAUUAUUGCCAACACGUUGUCACAGCUGAAACUGGAGCUGGACUUCGACAGCGUCGCUAUCAGCCAACUGCAGGUGGUGCUGUUCGGCUUCCAGGAUGCGAUGAACAAAGUGCUGCGCAAUCACAAUAUCAAACCUCACUGGAUGUUUGCUCUGGAUAACAUCGUCCGGAAAGCCGUCCAGACCGCCAUCACCAUCCUGGUGCCAGAGCUCAGGCCGCACUUUAGCUUGGCAUCCGAAAGCGACGCUGCCGACCAGGAGAACGUGGAUGACGAUGUCAUCCCUCACGGAAGCCUCAGCAACAAGCGCAGAAGCUCGACCAUCGCCAACCACGAUGACACGGUGGCCACGUCUGGAGUGAGCACGCUCAGUUCGACCGUCUCGGAAUCCCAAACCGCACAGCGCUCCGUCAGCAUGGAACUCGGCCGCAUGAAGCUCGAGACCAACAGGUUGUUAGAGGAGUUGAUGGAGAGGGAAAGAGAGUAUCAGUGUAUACUUCAUCAGGUUUUGGAAGAGAGAGAGAGGGAGAUUAAACUUCUGAAAAUUCGUUCUGAAACCAUAGACAUUUCCCCUCCUUCAGCGAGUACUCCGAGUUCAUUUGGAGGUGAGGCUGACCCCGAGCUGCUCAAAUGGCUCAGGUUACAUGGAGCUGACGCAGACGCUAUAGACAGGAUUGUAGCAGAGGACUACACUCUGGACGACAUCCUUCAUUGCGUCACCAGGGACGACCUGAAAAGUCUGAGAUUAAAAGGUGGAAUCCUGUGCAAACUAUGGAAAGCUAUUACGGAAUAUCGAGAGAAACCCGGAUAAGACGCCGGCUUGCUAUCUGCUCCACUCCACUAUACCCCGGUGUGUUUACAAACCAAAAGCCUGAGAACCUGCUCGAGAACCCACACAGACACAUCACGACUAUGGCACAAGCUCUGGCCAUCUCUGAACUGCUUGAUCAACAUUUUAUGCAAUAUCCAGUCCGACGCUGACCCGAGUGUUAACACCCAGUCGUUUUGGGUGUGGUCUAGACCGUGACUCAUGGGGACAGAGUCGCUCAUUGGAGCGAUGAUAUGAGAGUAUGAGAGUUUUAUACUGAUACAAGUUUUAAUAGCAGCUUGUACCAGAACCUUUUGGGGGUCUGUUUUGUUCAUGUGUACGCACGUAUUAACUUCUUUCACUAUUUAUAAAGACGCGGAUGGAACGCUGGUGAAGCUGUACACGGGUUGGGAGUUUUCACGUACAGGAAGUAUAGGAUUGGGUUCUUUGCUCGCUCGUGUUUACAAAAUGAAACUGAGACUGAUUAUUGUUCGGAGAGACAGUCCUGACAGAAAGACUUUCCUAAGCUACCUAAAGCUUACUUGUGCUUCUGUUUUAAACACAUAACUAGGUUUUCAAUCUUAACACUAUAUUUUUACUAUUAUUAUUAUUAUUGUCUGAUGUCUUUUUAUUUUUCGUUACAUUACAGAAUGUAAAUGCUCGUAUUUAAUUGGCUUGUUUGAGCUUUUGUACUGGGUCCCGUAUUUUGGCACAAGGAAACGUUGUUGCAUAUUUGAGUCAGUUGCCAUAACGACAUGUCAUUUCCAUAACGCGUAAUCCUUACAGCUCGUUAUAAUUGUACUGUAUUAAACUAGAACUAGAUGUGAACAUUGAUCAAAGUUAGUCAGAUUACGGUAACAAGUGAAGUAUCUGGAUUUUUUUUUUGGGUCAUAGUUUAUAUAUAUAUAUAUAUAUAUAUAUAUAUAUAUCGUUUCUUAAUACAUACCUCCAACCAACCAAUAUACUGUACAUUCUAUAUGAAUCCUGACUUUAUAAAGCUUUAGCCCGGUCAUAAUGCUUAGCUUUAAUAUAUUGACUCAAUGAAUACAGUUUUAUCUGUAUUUGAUAUUUGAAUGUCAUUUUUGUUUAUUUAAUCAUGAAUAAAGAAUGAGAUAAUUUAUCUAUGA